AUGUUGUCAGGCCUAGCAAUAGCAGCAGCACUAUGUGUGCUGCUGCUUAGUUCUGGGUCGCUUUUUGUAUUCGCUUCAACCAACUGUGUUCCCUAUCCAGUUGCCACCAGAAUAGGCAAUGUCACAUUAUCGAAUGGUCAGGUUGCGCGGGGGGCUGUAUUUUCUGUAGGAACGCCGGAACAAAACUUUGCAUUUCUUCCUCAGUGGCCCCUGAACAACAUUAUCGUCUACGGUACAAAUGGUUACUGUGUAUCACCUGCACCUCGAACGUCAAUCGGUUGUACCACUUGGCGCGGCGGACAAUAUGAUGCCGUUACUUCGACAACUCGAAAGACUGCGGAAGCUGGCUCAUACCCCUUUGAUUCGAAUGGCUAUCCAACUCUGGACUUCAUCUCCGAUGCUCUCAAGAUCAAUAGCAAUGUGACUCUGCCACAGAUCUCCAUGGGCACGCCACUUCAGGACUGGGGUCAGCAGGGCUACUAUCCCAUGAUGGCUAUUGGCCUGGGCAAGAACUCAACAAUACUAAAAGCCUUGAGGUCAACCGGAAAGAUCUUCUCGAGAACAUGGAGCAUGUGGUAUGGUUGGACUGGUUCAAGUGCCCUGACGCAAGUCGACGGCACCCUCGUCUUUGGUGGAUAUGAUCGUGCUAAAGUAUCUGGCUCUGGUUACACCUUGGCCAUGACAGAUCAUUCCGGUUGUGAGACGCAACUCAUGGUUACGAUUGGCGACAUCAUUCUCAACUUUCCCAACGGGUCGACCGCAAGCCUGUUGCAGAGUUCCAAGGAUUCAAUUGCUGCCUGUAUUGUGCCCGACUAUCCUGUUCUGAUGACGAUGCCCCUGGAUCCCUACUUCCAGGCGUUCCAGAACCUGACUGGUACUUCCCUUGGUGACCGCACACUUGGUCUUGCAUACUACAGCAUGCUGUAUAGAGACGGCGACAUACCGUAUGCAGGCGACAUGACAUUCAAAUUGCAAUCUGGUCCGACAAUACGUAUUCCCAACCAUCAACUGGUGGUGCCGAAUCGAUACGUCGACCCGUCGAAUGGAGAGGUGAAGGCCAACGUUUCGCAACAGAACCUGGUGAUCAACACAGUUCAAAACAUUAAUGCAAAGGAUCUUCCGAAACUUGGCAGGCAAUUUCUCUCCUCACUCUAUUUAAUGGUUAAUGAAGACCAACGGCAGUUUACGCUGUGGCGAUCUAACCCUACCAAUACUGUGGAUUUGGUUACCAUCGAUGAGAAGGGCAAUGAACUCACAAACUUUUGUUCGUCUGAUUCCGCGCUAGAAGAUUCUUCAUCUCAAUCAAAAGUGGUUCCUACGGGUGCUAUUGUUGGAGCAUCUGUUGGCGCUGUAGCUGUAGCGUCCAUUUUUGGGCUUGGCAUAUUUGUACUUUUUCGACGCAGACGCAGACAAAGAUACGCAACUAAUGUAGUUGUCGAAGUCACAUCUCCGUCUCAAACGAACGAGGAUGACGACAAGCUAAAGAAGCGUGACCAAGAAUUACAAAUUCAUUCUGUGCCGCUUCCAGGGAUAGAUGGCCUGGACGAUAUCUCUUCACUUGCGCGUGAUGGGUAUGCGAAGUCGGAGCUCGAUGGGUCAUCGUCAGUAAAAUCACCAGGUAGACAUGUCGGGAUGCAACAACAAUUCGAGUUGCCUGGAUGA